AUGAAAGCUUCUGGCAUUUUGCAAUGCUUGGCAUUGGUGCUCGUUGUUUCCACAACAUGGUCAUUUGUUCCCGCCGUUCCGAGACGGUCCAAAUCCAACCCUCUGUAUGUUUUGAAGGACCCUCUUCGAUCGGAUAACAACCAAGAAGACUCGGAAGAGUCGAUUGAAGAGAUCCGGAAAAAGUUGCUGGAACAAAACGUGGAUUCCACAACCAAAGUCCUGGGCAAGAACAGUACGCUCCAAGAUUGGAGGGACCAACUACAGCAAGGAACACCUCCGUUGACAUCUGUCGGAAGAGAACGACUGUUGGUGGAAAUGGAACUACUCCAAGCUCUGGAUUGUGACGAGGAAAAAGACGAGGAAAAAGCCAUUCGCAAUCUAUGGUACUAUUGGUACAAUGAACGCGGGAGGAGCAACACGGCCACGCUCAUGGCAGCCGAUCAGCUGGUUCACUUGGGUACCCAGGAGGGACGAAAGGAAGCCGAAGCCAUGUACCGACAACUGAUUGUAGAGGAAGGUUUGAAUUGGGCCGAGCCACUGAACCGAUUGGCAACUCUGUAUUUCUACCAGGGACGCUAUGCGGAAGCCAAAGACUUGUGUCAAAUGGUACUCACCAUCAAACCGUGGCAAUUUGGGACAGCCACGGGUAUUGUCACGGUCUGUGAAAAAAUGCAAGAUACGCAUGGUGUAAACUAUUGGUCGACAAGGCGUAUGCCACCGCUUUCGGAGAAUCAUGGCAAUGCCCGAAAAGAAUGGGUGAAAAAAAUGACGCAGCAAGGAUCUUCCAUGUUGGGCCGCGGCGAGAAGGUCCUUCAGAAAGCUUUCCAAUCCGCAGAUGAUGAUAGCACAACUUCUGGCAGUGUCAUCAGUGAUGAUGAUGAUGAUGCUGAUGAAAACGAUAGAGACAUUACAAGCGACGACGGAUCCUGGGAGUGAGUACUGUAAUGGAUCCAAAUCUAUGUUUGCGUGUCAAGAUACAUUUUUUUGCAAUAGAACCUGUACCGUAUAGAAUGAAUCGAAGAAGAGAGACUUUUAGAAAGAUAAAUAGGAUACAGUAAAUAUUGGUUGUUAUAUU